UUACUCCGUCGUCAUCUCAGUAUCUCUUUGUUCCUGUUUGGAAAAGUACUAACUUUUGUGUCAGUAACUUUUUUUUUUUUUUUUAAACUUUUGCUGACAGACCAGCUGUCCACUUGGACUAUUAAAAUUUAGUUAUUUCCGGCAGGACAUUUAAUGACAUUUUAAAUUAUUUGCAGAUAAUUACAAGUGGUGUUUUGCAACAUUAGGUGUGGGCUUGCUGUUUGGCGACUGGACGGCGUGGUGUUCGACUGCGGCUGUAAAAUCCGCUGGAUUCAGCUGUGGCAGGAGCGAGGGGAGGCCGGCCUUCACACACAGCAACUGUACUGCAGGAACGGAGCCUCCAAGAUAAGGCUGCACCACAUGUACAUCCACAACUGUGACUUGCCAGAGAUCAGUGUGAGCCACAGCAGUGUGUUAGUGAUGGAAGGCGACAAUGUGACAGUGAGCUGUAAUGGAUCCGGAUCACCCUUGCCUGAAGUGGACUGGACUGUCAAUGACCUGCACUCCAUCAACACACACUUGUCCAACGUGUACUGGCCCGACAUUCACUCCAUCAACCUGACACUGUUCAACAUCAGCCGCGACGACAACAACUACCAGCUGACGUGCAUCGCUGAGAACGUGGUGGGCAUGACCAACUCAUCCAUUCAGGUCAACGUGCAGUUUCCCCCGGUCAUCAUUCGCCUGGCCGAGCCCGAGCAGCGCCACGACACCUGCAUUGAGUUCACGGUGCGAGGGUACCCGCACCCUAAGCUGCGCUGGUUCCACAAGAACAAGGAAAUCCUGCACAACCAAUACAUCCGUACCGAGAUGGACUUUUAUCAAGACUACCUGGAGGGCUGCCUGACCUUCCAGAACCCCACACACAUCAACAACGGCAACUACACCCUAGAGGCCAGCAACUCACUCGGGACAGUCACCAAGACGGUGUACGGGCACUUCCUUAUGGCACCUGGCAUCGAUGAUGAAGACGUGGUGGAGCUGGUUCCUUCUGCGCCAACAGACUCAGAUUCUGGCCGCCCAGACGAAGACACAUUCGGGGUCUCUAUCGCGGUAGGCCUGGCGGGAUUCGCUUGCGUCCUUCUCCUCGUCCUUUUUGUGCUCAUCAACAAAUACGGACGACGCUCCAAGUUCGGCAUGAAAGGUCCAGUGGCUGUGAUCAACGGUGAGGAAGACUCAGCCAGCCCUCUUCAUCACGUCAACCACGGAAUCAUAACACCGUGUACGCUGGACGCAGGCCCGGAUGCCGUCGUCAUCGGGAUGACUCGCAUCCCCGUGGUAGAGAAUCCGCAGUAUUUCCGACAUGGACACAACUGCAACAAGCCCGCCACUCUGGUGCAGCAUAUUAAGCGCAGAGACAUCAUCCUUAAGCGGGAGCUUGGUGAGGGAGCCUUCGGAAAAGUCUUCUUGGCUGAAUGCUACAACUUGAGUCCCACCAAGGACAAGAUGCUGGUGGCUGUCAAGACCCUGAAGGAUCCCAACCUUUCGGCAAGGAAGGACUUUCAGAGGGAGGCUGAGCUGCUGACCAACCUACAGCAUGACCACAUCGUAAAGUUCUACGGUGUGUGCGUGGAUGGUGACCCCCUCAUCAUGGUCUUUGAGUACAUGAAGCAUGGAGACCUCAACAAGUUCCUCAGAGCCCACGGCCCAGACGCUAUGAUCCUCGUGGACGGCCAGCCUCUGCAAUCCAAUGGCGAGCUGGGCCUCUCCCAGAUGCUGCACAUCGCCUCCCAAAUCGCAUCAGGCAUGGUAUACCUGGCUUCGCAGCACUUCGUCCACAGAGACCUGGCCACACGCAACUGCCUGGUGGGUAAUGGCCUCCUUGUCAAGAUCGGAGACUUCGGCAUGUCAAGGGACAUCUACAGCAGCGACUACUACAGGGUCGGAGGACACACCAUGCUACCUAUCCGCUGGAUGCCUCCCGAGAGCAUCAUGUACAGGAAAUUCUCCACAGAGAGUGACGUAUGGAGCUUCGGCGUCAUUUUGUGGGAGAUCUUCACCUACGGCAAGCAGCCUUGGUUUCAGCUGGGCAACAACGAGGUCAUCGACUGCAUCACGCAGGGCCGUGUGCUGGACCGGCCCCGUGUUUGCCCCAAGGAGGUUUACGACAUCAUGCUAGGCUGCUGGCAGCGGGAGCCGCAGCAGCGACUGAACAUCAAGGACAUCCAGAAAGUCCUGUUUGCAAUGGGGAAGGCCACGCCCGUCUACCUAGACAUCCUGGGCUAGGGACCGAUCCAGUACAGGAAUAGCCAAUCCGAUCCCCUGCACCACUGUUGAGGAAAACCACCUACAAUGUUUGGGAAGGACUUAAGUGCCUGCAACACUUUUGGAUAUAGUGGAUAAAACAUUUAAAAAAAAGACGACAACAACAAAAAAUACGCACUUUUACAUUUUGUUUACUUGCUGUACAGGUUUGAAGAUAUUUCUUUUUCCCUUGAAAAAAAACAAACAAAUAUUUGAGAUUGACGACAAAAAGGGCCAGAGUUUGAUAAGAAGAGUUAGAAUCCACCUUGGUAUUUGGUUUUAUGAAUAUAUAUCGAAAUGUUACGUAUAUUUUAUAUUUAUUUCUUCUCUUGUCGAGCUCCCGACAGGGCAGCGCCCGCCCUGCCCGAGAUGCCGCCGACCAAAACUGUUUGGACUUUUAAAAAGGAUGGAAGCCUUACUUUGCACUCUGAUUGGCUGGAAUGGGAUGCGGUUAACAUGCAAUGGCGGCAGAAGGAUGAGAGGACCAAUCAGACAAACAGACAAAUCUAUUUUAAUUUAAAAAGGAAAACACAAAAAGAGAAUGUAUAUAUUGUAAAGUUCUACGUGUCAAAAGUUAUGUUAACUUAUUUUUUGCCAACUUUUAUUUUCCAUCCCUUUUCUGACUGUGAUCCAGGUGGCUAACAGAGAGACGCCGCCUCACCGCUCCACUCGCUUGGAAUAUACUGUAGCGUUCCUCCGGCCCUUUCGUUCACACACACACACACACACACACACACCAAUCUGCUUUCAUUUAUAGAUGGGGAAACAGCUUUUUUUGAACCAGAGUAAGAACUUAGCUAUUUUGGGUUUCAGGUGUUUUCCCCCUUGCAAGGAAACUCCGAGAAGAAACUUUGGACUUUAAUAAUUCAACGUUUUCUUUCUUCGCUUAUGUGCUUUCUUGCCGGGAGUUAGCCAAGGCGCUCGCUAUCAUGUUCAAGAGGAAAGCCACCACUGUCAAGGGAGACCCUCAAUAGAGUUGGAAAAAGGCUAAAGCAUAAACAUAGUGAAUUCAUUCAAACAGCGAUCACAGUUUUGUGGAGUUUGAGUGUCACAAAACUUCACAGCCAAAGUCUGUCCAAAUUGGGCUGACUUCUUCAGUCUUUUCAGGCAUGGCUUCCCGAGACAUUUUUGGGUGUAUUUUUGAGAAUAGACAUGUCCAUCAAAUUGGCAAUAUGAAACGGGCUUUUGGGUUUAUGAAAGUACAGUGGUACCUCUACUUGGGAAUGUCUCUAGUAAUGAAAAAUUCAGGUUAUGAAAUGCCUCCUUUGAAAAAUAUUGCCUCUAGUUACGAAGGAAAUUCAGGAUACAAAAAGAAAAUAUAGCCACUGGAAUCCCAACAUUCCACCGAGCGUAAACCACCUGUAUCCUGGUUUGUGCGGCGCGAUAGAGCUGCUCUCCCAUUGGCUAUCGCCAUAGCAUCUUUCUGUCAUCCCAUUGGCUAGGAGGGAUGUUAAUCUUUGCCCAUAAUGCGUUUUGAUUCCCAUGGACAUUCCAAUGUCACCGAAUCAUGCUAGUGCUGUCACACGCUAUCACAAGUACAAAAAAAAGUACAACUUUUUCUGUUUGUGUUUUAGCAAGUUUAUUCAUCUUUCUUCACCCUCAGCCCCAAUUGACUUUAGUGGAAUUAAGCUGUGUGUUUGCAUACGUUCGUAUGUAUGUUUUCUCUAGGCUGUCAAAGUUCGACCCCCUUGAUGCCUUUUGCUUCUCACUCAACCUUCUCUUUACGUAUUCGCCCAAUGCCAAAAGUAAAUGAACAAAAAAAGUUCCCAAACGACUUCCAAAAUGGAUUAAUUUCAUAAGUAGAGGUACCGCUGUAUAUGAAAUUCAAAUUUGAUAGAAAUCAUUUAAAACCUCGACGACAAGUCAGUUGUUGAAGGACCACAGAAAACAGCCAAACUUGUGAUUUCUUUUUCUAUUUUUUUUUUCCCCAAGUUAACUCAUGACAAAUGGCCAGCACAUUUCAUGCGGUGCACACAAACUGGCUUUAGUGGAGCAUUUUAGGGGAAGAAACAGAGGAGGCAUCUAUUUGACAAGUGCAUCUAUUUGUUCAAAUAAAUUGAAACGCGACAGCACAUUAGGAAAGCAGCCUAAUUUUAGCCUGAGCUCGAACCACUGAAGCACAUUUUCCCUUUUUUUUUUUCAACUGUCUGCUGCAUGCUGCGCCUUACUGCUUUGGAAUCAGAGGAAAAGGU